GCAGGUCUCGCGAGGUGCGCACACGCAACGCUCGCUGCACUCGUACAUAAAGAAACACCCAUUGAAAGAACCAGGAAAAGCUGGCCACAAAGCUCUAGCAUCAACAUGUAUCUGGAUACGAAAAACCUGACGGCCAACAGUGGCAGCAACAGCCCAGCGGCGGUGCCAGCGACACCUGCGAAACGCAUGCGCAAAGUCUGGCUUCCACUGCGACGUCUGCUGACAGUGGGUGGCAAGGGUCGACCCGCCCAGCUGACCUUGGCCCAUCCCAACAACGUGGAUCUCAACAACACACAGCAGCAACAGCAGCAUCCCCAGUUGGAGUUGCUCAUCACAGACGAGAGCAAAGCAGCACCCGAGGAGUCUACACAAAAGUACGGCUUGGAGUUGAGACAAUCUCAUCCCCAGGAGGAGCUGGAGGAUGUGUCCCUCACCCAGCCGCCCAACACGCCCACCCUGAUAAGCAGUGUCUACGUGGAGAAGGUCAGUGCCCGGAGCUGUGGGGCCUGCCAGCAUGGACGCAACUGCCAGCACACACAUCACACUAACAGCAGCAACAACAGCAGCAGCAACAUCAACAUCAACAGCAGCAACCUUCAAAGCAGCAACACCCCCUCGCAGGUGCCCAGUUCUGUGUGGGAUCUUCAGCUGCCGCUGCAGUACAUCAGCACGGAUAAUGGCACCUUCUUCUGGACCAAUUCUCAGGAGAGAGUGGACGACGAUCUGCUGCAUGCUCUGCUCUGCCAGAGCUUCAGUCAGUUGCCAGGAACGCUCUGCUGAGGAGGACUGACUCCACCCACAACACCCCACCCACUGAACUCAUAUAACUUAACAGAUCUCAAUCAUAGAGAGGGUAUAAUACCCUUAGAUAUUGUAAUUUCAACUAUUUAUUAUCCAGCGCAAUAUAAUUACUUUGUUAAUGUGAUACUAAUUUGCAUGUAAAAUAAAAUAUAUACACUGAUUUUUUAACCAUUUAAAUGGAAAGAACAUGAAA